AGUUGUUCAACAGCUAUGUAUAUGGAAAACUAAAGAAGUGUUCGCUUUUGAAAGCGUAAACAUGGCGGAAGGAGGACAAUUGUCACAAAGUGUGCUCGGCGCUUCAGAGGAAAUAUAUGAUUACAACUGCUCGCCGUGCAAAAAAUCUGGAGUAUAUAAGGAAGCACAUAAAUACUGUAAUAGUUGUAAACUAUAUUACUGUAAGAAAUGUCUCGGCGAACACAACAAAUUUCCGGCUUUAAGAGGACACCUGAUAAAAGAUGUGACCUCUCAACCGAAACAGACUGCUCAAACUGGGUCAUCAGGUGUAUCCACGCCAGCAACACCAACUGAACCGUGUGAAGACCAUCCUGAAGAAAUAAUAAAAAUGUACUGUGGUGAACAUGAUGUUGUCUGCUGCACUGUUUGUAUAGCACUUGAUCACAGAGACUGCAAAGACGUUCACUACAUUCUAAAGCUGGCUAAAGAUGUCAAAACAAGCCAAGAAUACAACGACUUCGCGGAUGAGGUGAUAACGAUCAAAACCGUGUACGAGGACACUCAACAGUCUAUCCAAGAUGAAAUAAAGACAAUUAGUAACGUAAAAACUGAAAUUAUCAGAGAAAUAAAAGAGUAUAAGAGAGAGUUAGUUUCAAGAAUAGAAGAACUGGAGAGUAGGUCGCUUGAGAAAGUGAAUGAAAGAUAUCAGCAAAUAAUAGAAAGAUUGAAUGCAACUGCAAGUCAUGUAAGUGAUUUAUUAGAUAAGGUAACACAUAUUGUGCGAGAGAUAGAUAAUGUGGGUGAAACACAACUGUUUGUUCAAAUGAAGAGAAUGAGUCCAAUGAGAGACGAAAAAAGAAAGAUUGACAAAAAUCUUCAAACGUUUGAAGGACUUAGUUUUUCGUUGGACAACAGUAUUAGAAAUACCAUCGAACAUGUCGACAGUCUUGCUAUUGCAAAAGUACCUGUCAAAAUUCUUUCGAAGAAAGAGUAUGGUAUUAUCUUUGAUGAUGACGAAUACAGAAGGAACAAUGUACGUGAUAUGUGUAUAUUGGAUGACGACAUCUUGGUUUUGACAUGUAACGACAGACUGAAACGUUUAAAUAGAUCAUUUAAAAAAAUGUCUAAUAUAUCGGUCCCAGGGGAAUUGAAUGGGAUAUGUAAAACUUCAAGACCAAAAGAAUUAGCUAUUACAAUACGAGAUAAGCAAACAAUACAGUUUGCUCAGUACACUGCUAACAAUAUGUCACUGACAAAAUCGUUCACAGUAGGCGUUCCAUGCAAAGGUAUUUGCUGUAGAGAUAAUUACCUGUUCGUCGCUUGUGGCGGAGGCGGCAACGACAAUGUCCAAGGUCAUUUAAGACAGUAUGAUAUGAAAUGUAACCUUAUCUGCACAAUUGACACUGACAAUGCCGGCCGACGAAUCUUCACAUCUCCCCGCCUAAUGACUCUUGAUUCAAGCACAAAAAACAUAUAUAUAGCAGACAGACACAACGGAAUAAUUGUUCUUGACAGGAAUGGAAAGAUAGAAAGGCAUUUGUAUAAUUCUUUUCUGAAAAAUGGAUUCGGUAUCUGUAUUACAACUCGGAAUAAGAUUCUUAUUUCCAGCCUUGAUUCCUUUAGUAUACAUCAAUAUGAUGAAAAUGUCAGGUAUGUAGGAAGUGUCUUGAACCUUACGAAUAAAAUGCUUGAACCUGAAGGCAUACUACUUGAUGAAUCAAAGAAACGGUUAAUUGUUGGCAUGGGCGUGCACAAUAAAAUAUACGUUUAUGAAGUUGAAUGUUAAACGAGACUGCACAUAUGUAAAGAAAAAGACGAAAUCCAUGUACCUGCACCGGAUACUCGUCUCUUUGUGUAUAUGUAUGUUUUCAAUAGGUUGCUACCAGAAACAUGUUAAUUCAUAUCAAGUUGCAUAUAAAUACAUCCUGUUUUUAGUAGUUUGGACAUAUAUUGUUUACAAAUAAUAUGCAAAGUCGUAAAUGUGUAAUAAGGUGUUGAUAUUCGACCAUUGACAAAAAUAUUCAAACUUUUGAAGGACUUAGUUUUUCGUUGUGCAACAGUAUUUGAAAUUCCAUCGACCAUGUUUACGGACUUGCUAUCGCAAACGUACCUCUAAAAAUUCUUUUAAGAAAGAGAAUGUUAUUAUGUUCGAUGAUUACGAAUAAAACAAGUACUAUGUAUGUGAUAAUUAUUUAAUACGUGUAUCUGGAAUGAUGACACCUUGGUUAUGACAUGCACCGACAUACUGAAACGUUUUAGCAGGUGAUUUAAACAAAUAGCUAACACAUCGUCCCAGGGGAAUCAUGAGGAACAUGUAAAACUUCAAGAUCUUAAGAAUUAACUAUUGCAAUUUGAGACAAGCAAACAAUACAGUUUGCUCAGUACACUAUUGGAACUAUGUCACUGACAACAUCGUUCACAGAUGGCGUUCCAUGCAAAGGUAUUUACUGUAGAGGUGACUUCAUCUUCGUCACCUGUGGCGGAGGCUUAAAUGACAAUGUCCAACGUCAUUUAAGACAGUAUGAUAUGAAAGGUAAACUUAUCUGCACAAUUGACAUUGACAAUGCCGGCCGACGAAUCUUCACUUUCCCCCGUCUAAUGACUCUUGAUUCAAGCACAAAUAACAUAUAUAUAGCAGACAGACACAAUGGAAUAACUGUUAUUGACAGGAAUGGACAGAUAAAAAGCCAUUUGUAUGAUUCUUUUCUGAAAAAUGGAUUAGGUAUUUGUCUUAAAACUAGGAAUAAUAUUCCUGUGUCCGUUGGUCAUUCCUAUAGUAUACAUAAAUAUGAUGAGAAUUUCAGGUAUGUAGGAACAAUCUUGAACUUUACGGAUAAAAUGGUCAAACAUACAGACAUACUAGAUGAUGAAUCAAAGAAACGGUUAAUUGUUGGCACGGAAAUGCACAAAAAAAUAUACGUUUUUAAAGUUGAAUGUUAAAAGAGACUGUAUAUAUUUUAAACGGUACUUUGGUCAGAUAUUUGUUUGUUUGUGUAUUUUUUCGAUAGGUUGCUGUCAGAAAGUAUUCUUGCUGAGAGUCAUUUGAUUCAAACAGUUGUGUGACGUUUGUUCUGAGAGUACCAGUAAAUUGAUCCAAUCACUUUUAUGAUUUUCAUACUGAAAGAAAAUUGAUUCAGUAAGUUGUUUGACAUUCUACUUGAGAGUACAUUCAUUCAAUCAGUUGUAUGGCUUUCUUAAUAGCGUAAAUUGACUAAAUCAAUUGUAUAACUUUCUAAAUGAAAGGAAGGUUAUUUAAUACGUUGCAUGACGUUAUAACUGAGAGUGAAUCAAUUUGAUUAUUUGUUUGACUUUCCAAGUAAUUCUUCUGAAAAUAAAUUUAUUCAAUAAGUUUUAUCACUUUCGUACUGAGAGUAAAUUGUGUGAAUGAGUUGUAUGACUUUCGCACUGAGAGUUAAACGAUUCAGUCAGUUGUAUGACUUCCUUACUUUGUGUAAAUUGAUUCAAAGCAGUUGUUUGAAUUUCUUAAUGGAGUAAAUAGAUUAAAUCAGUCGUAUUACUUUCUAACUAAGAACAUUGUUAUCCAAUAAGUUAUAUGACGUUAUUACUGAGAGUAAAUUGAUUAAGUUAUUUGUAUGACUUUCUUAAUGAUACAGUUGAGAGUAAAUUUAUUGAAUCAUUUUAUUAUAUUCUUAGUAAUGCGAAUAAAUUGAUCAAAUCAGUUGAUACUCUCAGCAGUAUGACUAAGAAAGUUGAAUGACUUUCGUACUGAGAGUAAAUUGAUUCAUUCAGUUAUGUGACUGAUUAAAUUGUGUAAUUUAUUUAUAUGACUUACUAACUGAGAGUAAAGUUAUUAAAGUUGUAUGACGUUCGUACUGAGAGAAAUUGAAUUUCAUCCUUUGAAUGACUUUCUUAGUAAUUUCUAUGACAUUCUUUGUACUGCGAUUAAACAGAUUCAACCAGUUGUAUGACUUUUUUACUGAGAGAAAAUUGAUUCUAUCAAUUGUAUGACUUCCCUACUGAGAAUUUGAGACAAUAAAUAUCGGGCACAAAUUCA